AUGGGUCAAAACAGCUCCAAACUCUCAAAGGCAACGUAUGUUGCCGCUACACCUUCGAACGACGCAGACGAUGAGCUUAUCUACAAGUUGCAGUCGCUCUUAACCACUGAAGGGUCCGACGAGGAGGCGGAAGACAAGGAUGCUGAUGAUGAUGAUGGACUUCCACAGGAUUUGAAGAACCCUAUGGAUGUGUCUGAUUUGAAGGGGUGGAAAGAUGAAAUCUACUCGGACCCUGUCAAGAAGCUAGCCUUGAACUGUAUGACAGGAAACGAUAUCGACAAGAUCAUCGCCAACACGCAGAAGAUCAACGUUCAUAAUGUCGAUCUUUUCAACAACACGGUCAAAUUUGAGGGGCAUCCGAUCACCAACCAGAAGUCAUCUGGUCGGUGCUGGUUGUUUGCAUCUACCAACGUCUUCAAGGAGUUCAUGAAAUCGAAAUAUAACUUGGAAGAUUUCGAAUUUUCGCAGAAUCAUCUUUUCUUCUACGACAAGCUCGAGAAGUCUAACUGGUUUCUCAACAGAAUUUUGGAGUCAUACGAUGAAGACAUUGACUCGAGAUAUGUCCAGUUUUUGCUGCAAUUGCCAGAGAACGACGGAGGCCAGUGGGAUAUGAUUGUCAACUUGGUCAAAACGUACGGUUUGGUUCCAAAGGCAGUGUUCCCCGACUCUGCCUCGUCAAUCAACUCUUCUCGCCUGAAUUACUUUGUGAACAACAAGUUGCGUGAGUAUGCAAUGAUUUUGAGAAACUUGAAGAGAGAACAGUUGGCCCAGUCCGAAAAGGGCGACUCGUUCAAGGUCGACAUUGUAGCAAUCAAGAAGAAGAUGAUGAAAUCGAUCCACACCAUCUUAAGUCUCACCUUAGGAAUUCCACCUGGACCAAAUGAUCCUAUUGUUUGGGAGUAUAAGGAUAAGUUUGGCAACUACCACAGAAUUGAGUCCACUCCUUUGGGUUUCUACAAUGAGAUCCUGGGCUUUAAAGCGGAUGAGCACUUCUCCUUGAUCAAUGACCCUAGAAAUACCGAAGGUCUAUACACAGUAGACAAAUUAGGAAACAUUGAGGGAGGGAAGCCUGUUGAAUAUGUCAACACCUCAAUCGACUAUUUGAAGAAGGCUGCAAUAGACAUGAUCAAGGCCAACACACCUGUUUUCUUUGGCUCCGAUGUCGGCAAGUUCGAAGACGUCCAGAAGGGUCUUCUUGAUGUGGGCUCUUGGGACUACGAUCUUGGCUUUGGGGUCCAGAUGGAAUUGACCAAAAAGCAACGGUUAUUGACAGGCUCUUCCCAGAUGACUCACGCGAUGGUACUCACCGGUGUCCAUCUUAUCGACGGCAAGCCUGUCAGAUGGAAGGUGGAAAAUUCUUGGGGUGAAUACGGAGAGCACAAGGGAUAUUUUGUCAUGACCGACGAAUGGUUCGACGAAUACGUUUUCCAGAUUGUCACCAACGCCACUUUUGCAGGUCCAAAAUUGACUAGUAUCUGGCUAUCCAAGAAAUACAACGUCUUACCAUACUAUGAUCCUAUGGGAGCUUUGGCAUGA